AUGGGCCUCGAGGAAGAUGAAAUCACCUUCGAUCAGAUCAACCAGAAAGUUCACGACGAUGAGAUGACCAAGAAGCCCGGAUACGACAAGAUAACAAACUGCUGUAAGCUCGCCAGCAACGUCAGGUUGCAGCAUGUCUGGGUUGAUACCUGCUGUAUCAAUAAGUCCAAUCCCGGAGAACUCUCAGAAGCAUUGAAUUCCAUGUUCCACUGGUAUCGCAAUGCACAGGUCUGCUAUGCUUACCUGGCAGAUGUAGACCGCGAUGAUGACCCAUUUAAGGAUGGAUCUCAAUUUCGGAAGAGUGUCUGGUUUCAGCGAGGAUGGACAUUGCAAGAGUUGCUAGCGCCACUGUCUGUUGUAUUCUUCAACAAGCAUUGGGAGGAGAUCGGAACCAAGGCUAGCCUCCAUCUGGUCAUCACCCAGAUUACUGGGAUCCCAGCAGAGGUUCUUUUAAUGAACCGUGCAGGCGAGGUUAGCGUGGCCGAACGUAUGUCAUGGGCUGCUAAUCGAACAACGGCGCGAGUGGAAGACGAGGCGUAUUGUUUGAUGGGGCUGUUCGGGGUUAGCAUGCCGAUGUUGUAUGGGGAAGGCGAGAGGGCAUUUGAGCGGCUGCAGAGGGAGAUCCUCAAGGUGUCGGACGACCAGUCCAUCUUUGCAUGGACCAGAGACGAUCCUCAUAGCCGGAGCGGGCUUCUGGCCAGAUCACCUCAUGAUUUCAGACGGUCGAAGGGCAUACAGAGGUUGCGCGACUCGCUGCCGUACAGUAUGACCAACAAAGGUCUACAUAUCACUCUGCGUCUCCUCCUUGAUGACUCGUCAAGAUCUGGUAUGGCGGCUCUGAGCUGCGGGCGUGAUACCAAGCCAUUCGUGAUCCGCCUGGAAAAGCCCCGCGGGGCUGGAGACGACACAUUUGUCCGAACUAACCUUCACGAGACCUACGAAGACCAGGACACGUCCAGCUUCAGAGACAAAACGAUCUACAUCACAGAAAGCAACCCAUCAAGAUUCGAUAUAACCGAGUGGAUGAGGCCGGAGUCCCGAUAUACCUUUGUGAUUCACCGUCCCCCUCCCGAAAGCCUGAGCAGCUCUUCCCACCCCCAGGUGAGCUGGACAGCGCACGAGAAAACCCUUGAAUUGACGUCCUGGCGUAGCGGACAUGCUGGCGUGCUUCUCUUCCGUGACGAUUCUAGAGGCAGCAACACCGGCGACAACAGUGACAGGAGAAAACAUACGGCGAUUUUGAUCGGCGUGCAUAACUACAAUGCCGAGGCUGUUGCUUUUGAGAACAUGUAA